AUGGCGACCAAGAUAUUCGCAGAUGGCCCAUCUGAUACCCUCGGGCGCUCUUUCAACUAUGCUAUUGUCGACAAGUCGGGCCCCGAACCACACCGGGUCAUUGGAUCCCUCAGCAUCAACCAGGUAGCCCCGUAUCCUGAGAUCGGAUAUGCAGUACACCCUGACUCAUGGGGAAAAGGCAUGGCAACCGAAGCUUUGCAAUUGAUGCUCAAGAUGUGGUGGGCCUUGCCACGUCGGACUCUGUGUGAAAAUGAUAUCCCGCCCAAUGGGAUUGAGAGGGUUUUUGCUCUUUGCGAAAAGAAGAACGGCGCAAGCUGUCGAGUACUUGAGAAAUGCGGCUUCAAGGUCAUUGGUGACUACUGCUACGGGGAAGAUGAGCUUUUCGUCUUUGCGUUAGAAAAGCCGCUCUGUCCGAAUUAA